AUGCAUAGAUCUGAGCCAAGUUACUGCACAGAGGAGACUACUCUGGGCCAACGAGGUGCCGGUUCAUGGGUACCCCCUCCGCCCGCAGCCCCUGAACCCGGUCACGUCGCCCCCAGCUCCCCACCAGUUCCAGACAGCCCAGCGCCGAGCCCCUCACCCGGCUAUGGAUACAGCCACUCGGAGGACAAGCCAGGAGAACCUCGAAUCCGGCGCCCCAUGAACGCUUUCAUGGUCUGGGCCAAAGACGAGCGAAAAAGAUUGGCGCAGCAGAACCCAGACCUGCACAAUGCCGUACUGAGCAAGAUGCUAGGUCAGUCCUGGAAGAACCUGAGCGUUGGGGAGAAGCGCCCCUUUGUGGAGGAAGCGGAGCGGCUGCGCGUCCAGCACCUCCAGGACCACCCCAACUACAAGUACCGCCCGCGCAGGAAGAAGCAGGCCAAGAAGAUGAAGAGAGCGGACACCAGCUCCAUCUUGAGGAGUGAGGGCUACUCUGGGGGGCACCCGCAAACCAAUCUCGCCCAUUUUCGAGAACUGCAGCCGCUGGUGUCUGGUGAACUGGAAACAUAUGGCCUUCCCACCCCGGAGAUGUCCCCUUUGGAUGUUCUGGAGCAGAGGGAACCCGUGUUCUUUCCUCCUCACAUGCAGGAAGACGGUGAGCCUGUGUCCUUUCGAUCGUACCAGCCUGGCAUUGACUUUGGACAGGAGAAAGCACUCAGGGAGCUCUCCAUAUCAUACUCUCCCUCACCCACCCAGAUGGGCAACAUUCUUAGGACUCCACCGUCCUCUGCUUUCUUCUACACCCCUCAGGGUGGGCCUCCAGGCUGCGCCACCCUCGGCCAACUUUCCCCACCGCCCGAAGCUCACCAGUUGGACCCAAUGGAGCACCUGAACCCGUCUGAGCUGUGGGGGGAUGUUGACCGCAACGAGUUUGACCAGUAUUUGAAUAUGAGCAGGACUCAAGUGGCUGUCCCAGGGUACCACUUGCAGAUGUCUAAGCUGGCGUCCGCUAGGACUAUGGCCUGCGAGGAGAGCAGUCUGAUAUCUGCUCUCUCCGAUGCCAGUUCCGCCAUGUACUAUAGCCCCUGUAUCACUGGCUGA